UGAACCCAAGAUCGCAGCUUCUGAGUGACCAAAGACAGUUCAUGCCCUAGACCACUCGGCUACCAUGACCAGCAGGGAGAGCCUGGCAGUGAGAAAAAACAGCAAACUGUUCAUAUGGAGAGGUUCAAUCCCAGGAAAUUAAACGAGAGCACUUCUGAUGAACUUCAACCUGUACAUGGUGAGGACCGACGAUAUUCCUGUGUUGAGUGUGGUGUUUCAUUCAGUCAAGAGCGAAUUCUGAUAGCACAUCAACUCAUACGCAGUUGUGAGCACCCAUUUUAUUGCAAUAUAUGUACUAAGUCAUUCAGUUGUCAGAGCCAUCUGAAGGCACAUCACCUCAUACUUACUGGGGAGCAGCCAUUUACAUGUGAUGUAUGUAAUAAGUCAUUCAGUGAUCAGAGUACACUGAAGACACAUCAGCGUAUACAUACUGGGGAGCAGCCAUUUAGAUGUGAUGUAUGCAGUAAAUCAUUCCGUGCUCAGAGUAACCUGAAGAUACAUCAGCGCAUACAUAGUGGGGAGCGGCCAUUUAGAUGUGAUGUGUGUGGUAAGUCAUUCGGUGAUCAGAGUACACUGAAGAGACAUCAGCACAUACAUACUGGGGAGCGGCCAUUCUGCUGUGAUGUGUGUAAUAAGUCAUUCAGUGAUCAGAGUACGCUGAAGGCACAUCAGCGUAUACAUACUGGGGAGCGGCCAUUUAGAUGUGAUGUAUGCAGUAAGUCAUUCCGUGUUCAGAGUAACCUGAAGGCACAUCAGCGCAUACAUAGUGGGGAGCGGCCAUUUAGAUGUGUUGUGUGUGGUAAGUCAUUCGGUUAUAAGAGUACACUGAAGAAACAUCAGCGUAUACAUACUGGAGACCGGCCAUUCUGCUGUGAUGUGUGUAAUAAGUCAUUCAGUGAUCAGAGUACACUGAAGAGACAUCAGCACAUACAUACUGGGGACCGGCCAUUCUGCUGUGAUCAUGCCACAGUAUUACAUGUAAAUAAGACAGUUUUAGUGUGUGUUUCAUGCCACACGUUUGUAGAGUGCACCAAGAUAUUGGAGUUUGCUGUUGCUGACCUUGCCAACUGA